AUGUUGCGACGCACAAGAAGAUCGCCAACGGCAUGCUCCUGGUGCCGUCAUCGCAAAGUGCGCUGUGAUGCAGCAAUAUUUGGCUCUCCUUGUACCCGGUGUCGACAAGACGGUCGCAGUGAAUGUGUUCUUCGCGCUCAGAAUCCUAACCCGUCACCAAAAUCUGGAAACCCGGUGCUUCCCACGCAGCGAAGUCUAGCGUCAAACAAUGUGAUCACUGGUCGACACCCUGACCACCGGCGCCAGUCAAAUGGUCAUCAACCUCUUACCUCACAGCUCCGUGCACAACGUCUGAGUCCCGAUGACCGUAGUACAAGCCCACCCAAUUGCCCCAAUGUUCCGUAUACCGAAUACGCGUUUGUCGAUUCUCAGCAAUUGUUGUCACUCUCUUCCGAAGAUAUAGCGUUUCUCACAUCCAAAAACUGUCUAAAUUUGCCAGCCUCCGAUACAAUCGACGCAUUUGUCCAACAGUACUUCAGGCGUAUUCAUCCACUAGUACCUGUCUUGGACGAGGCCGAGUUCUGGCGCAUUUAUCGAAACAAUCAAUCUACCGGCUCCAAAAUCUCUCUUUUUGUGUUGCAAUCAUUGCUUUGCGCAAGCUGUCCGCUACUAUUCGAUCUGAAAACUGAAAAACGGUCUCAUGCAAACGCGCAAGGCGCUGUUAUGCUUACACAUUAUACAUCUGCGGACGACCCCCAGUCUGGAAGCUUGUGGGUCACAAGGGCUAUCGAGCACGCUAUGCUCAAUGACGAUCAACCAUUCCUGGCGGAAAACGUGGCAAUAUCGCUCAAGAAACGACUUUGGUGGUCUAUCCUUCUUCGAGACCGAAGUCUGUCUGUUGGCCUACGCCGCCGUCCUCAGGUGACUUCGGUCAGCUUGCAUGGAUGGAGUGAUUGGCUGAGUACGGAGGAUUUUAGUGAAGAGUUGCAUCAGUCUCAAGUCUACGACUAUGAUACAAAGAAGCGUUUACUGGAGGCACUUCAGAAGCAAUGUGAGCUAGCAGUGCUACUCACAGAUCUGGUGACUUUGGCAUUCACCCACCAAAAGACUCCAAGGCGGCUCCUAUCUAUGAUUGAAUUCCAGGGCCUCUUGUUGAGUAUAAAAAAUAUCAAAAAAUCCCUUGACGAGUGGGAACUGCCAAUCCAGCCUCUGAGUUCACCAAGCGAGACAUCAACGUCGGAAGGAAAUGACGCAGUUGAAAAGUUGACCCACAUGACUUAUAUGUACUACCAGUUCUGGCUGUCUGUUUCUAGCGCAGCGCAAGUGGAUCUGGCUCAGUAUGCGGCAUACAUACUGGAAGAGAACGUGUUCUAUGCGGGAGACAGAUACAGCGAUCUGGUGCUAGAAAUCAGUAAUGACCUCAGGGAUGGGAUUGAGGGGUUGAGUCUGGUGAUGGAACAUUUCAGUAUCAAUGGAUAUGCUGAUAGUCUUCCCUUGAGUGUGUUAGUACCUCUUUCAUUUUCAUCCUUUACCUAUUUCCAACGUUUCGCCACCAGGUGGACUGCUGCUAAUAUGAACGGCAGACUUGGAUACGUUAGCAUGCCACUCGUACUGGCAGCCAUAGACCUCAAGCUUUCCCCUUCUCAGAAGGAGACAGAGGCAAGACAGCGACGUUUGAACUCGCUGAGUCAAAUUAUCCGUCACUCAGAAACACUAUACGAUGUCACUGAUCGCGUCGCCGUCGCGACCAACCACCUUUUGCAGCUUGCCUAUGUGACAACACAGAACCUCCCCUUGGAGCAAAAAGCACCCCAGCUAUAUUCAUCAGACAAAAUAGCGAGAGAGAACGCUUUACCUAGCAACCAGUCCCCGGCUAGAGCCUCCAAUAAAUCAAUUUCCCCCAGAACCAACCGCCCAACGAGCUGGCAAGAUGCGUUCAUUCGGUGCCCGAGGGCAUAUCUUUUGAUAUCGACGGCUGUGGACUAUACUAUGGCAAUUGGGAAUCUGCCAUGCGCGAAUGUUCUUCCUGAAAUUGUUCGCGACCUUCCAGCAAUGGGCGUUAUUGCUCGACUUCCCUGGACAUCUGAGAUUCCAUUCUCGCAAUCCACAAACUCGCUUGUAAGCCGUAUGAGCCAAAUCCAGUGGAAGAGCUACCCUGCGAGCGUGCGUUCAUCCUCUGUUGAAUGGAUAGAUGUCUUGGAACCGAUCAACAUUGAGACCGGGACGGAGAAGAACCUCACCCCGCAAAGGGUCCAAUUCAACUACAACUCAUCACGAGAUGCAUUUUCCGAAUAUUCUGCGACUCCUUCCUUCAUUAUAGAAGAGCAACUGCGAUACAUCGACAGAGUAGCGGAGCAGACGGCGUAUAAGACUACCGCACCGAACCUGGAUUUCAUGGACUUUGGAGAUUGCCAAAGUGCAUCAAACAAUGUGACGGAAACUUGUGCCGUCAGGAUUCCAUUGGAAUUUUUCGGUCACGACUUGCAGGCCGAGAGCCCAUUGGACCAGCAAGUGUUUGACACCUACGGUGCCACAUUACCCCAGUCGAUCAAAGCGAUUGACUCGACAAUCUUUGACUCGUUCUUUCACGCAGGAUUUGAACAGAAUUGGGUCGUUCAAUAG